GUUGCGCACGGUCACACAGACUAUUUAGGACGUGCUCCGCGAUAUCUAUCCGUAUUUGCUUUUGCCUACAUGCCCACUGUCAGACUUGCUUCAAAAUAUCGCUGAUACAACUUUUAUGCGACAACUCUUUGGAGCGAAUUUACAUAGUAUUUAGUUCCGUUUGACAGCGGUGUAUGUGGCUGGAAAGCAAGCUUGUGUUUCUAGCUGGAGCGUGGACCAUCAGUCGUAACACAACGGGUUUUGAAACAGAAACUGUGUUAAGGCCUUGCUAGUAGCCAGCUAACCGUCUUGCAAGUAUAAAUUGCAUAUACUGCUGUAUCGUUAGGUCAACGUCUUUUUCAACAAUCAGACUUAUUCCUUGUCUAGACCGUUACGGAAGUUAGCGAGUAAUAAAUAAAUAAGGUAGCACGCGCCGGUCCUGUGUCAGUGUUUGUAGGUUUGUGCUAUGGGCUUACUGUCACAAGGGUCACCGCUGAACUGGGAAGAGACUAGGAAAUAUGCUGACCAUGUUAGGAAACAUGGUAUCAUUCAGUUUCUCAACAUUUACAACAAGGUGAAAGAUCGACAGAAGGAUGUGUUAAAAUGGGGCGAUGAGGUGGAGUACAUGUUGGUUGAACUGGACCAUAAAAAUGAAAAAGCCCGCCUUGCCCUGAAUGGAGGAGACGUUUUGGACACUCUUCAAGACAAGGGUGAAAAGAUCAACCCAAAUCACCCCACCCUGUGGAGACCAGAGUAUGGCAGCUACAUGAUUGAAGGAACUCCAGGUCAACCCUAUGGGGGUACCAUGUCUGAAUUUAACACAGUGGAGAACAACAUGGGGAAGAGAAGGAGAGAGGCGUCAUCUGUUCUCAAGGAGAAUGAGACUCUGUGCUCCAUAACAGCAUUUCCUAGGUUAGGCUGUAAAGGUUUUACACAGCCUGAGUAUAAACCAACGCCAGUGGAAAAAGGAGUGUCCAAGUCACUCUUUUUCCCUGAUGAAGCCAUCAACAGGCACCCUAGAUUCAGUACCCUUACCCGGAACAUUCGUCACAGAAGAGGAGAGAAGGUUGUCAUCAAUGUUCCAAUUUUUAAAGACAGGAACACGCCCUCUCCGUUCGUGGAGACGUUUCCAGAGGACGAUGGCGAGGCAGCCAGAGCUGCUCUGCCUGAUCACAUCUAUAUGGAUGCCAUGGGCUUUGGAAUGGGAAACUGCUGUCUUCAGGUCACGUUUCAAGCUUGCAGCAUUAGCGAGGCGAGGUACCUCUAUGAUCAGCUGGCCACUUUCUGCCCCAUUUUGAUGGCCCUGAGUGCUGCCUCACCCUUUUAUCGUGGCUAUGUGUCAGACAUUGAUUGUCGCUGGGGAGUUAUUUCUGCCUCGGUGGAUGACAGAACACGAGAGGAAAGGGGGCUGGAGCCUCUUAAAAACAACAAAUUCCAGAUCAACAAGUCCAGAUACGAUUCCAUUGACAGCUAUCUCUCCAGCUGCGGAGAAAAGUACAAUGACAUUGAACUGACAAAAGAUGAUGAGAUCUACAAACAGCUCCUAGAUGCAGGUAUCGACCAUUUGCUUGCCCAGCACAUCGCACAUCUCUUUAUUAGGGAUCCGUUAUCGCUUUUCGAGGAGAAAAUUAACCUGGAUGAUGAGAAUGAAUCAGAUCACUUUGAGAAUCUUCAGUCAACUAACUGGCAGACGAUGAGGUUCAAACCUCCCCCGCCGAACUCUGACAUAGGAUGGAGAGUUGAAUUCCGUCCUAUGGAGGUCCAGUUGACAGACUUUGAGAAUUCUGCAUAUGUUGUUUUCAUCGUUCUGCUCACCCGUGUGAUCCUGUCCUACAAGUUAGACUUCCUCAUCCCUUUGUCAAAGGUUGAUGAAAACAUGAAAGUUGCCCAAAAGAGAAACGCUGUUCAAGAUGGUAUGUUUUACUUCAGGAAGGAUAUCUUCAAAGGUUGUAACCCUGUCUUGGACACCAGCUCAGCGGCUCAGAAUGGUGUUGAGAAUGACAGUGACCAUGAGGAGUACACUCUGAUGAGUAUUGACACCAUUAUCAAUGGCAAGGAGGGAGUGUUCCAAGGGCUCAUACCUAUUCUGAACUGCUACCUGGAAAACAUGGAAGUGGAUGUUGAUACAAGAUGCACCAUCCUUAAUUACCUGAAACUCAUUAAGAAACGAGCCUCAGGAGAACUGAUGACCAUGGCAAAGUGGAUGAGGGAGUUUGUUUCAAAGCACCCUCAAUAUAAGCAAGACAGUGUGAUCACAGACAAAAUUAACUAUGACCUCAUACAGAAGUGUGACCACAUUGCAAAGGGGGAAGAACGUUGUCCCGAGCUCUUCGGAGACCCCGUCAGCAGGGGUAAAUAAGAACCUCAUAACCACUUAGAAUAAAGAGAUGAAUGUCUGUCUUUACCAAGGGCCUUUUGCAUGAAAACAAAAAAAAAAAACCAUGACCAAAUACAUGGAUAGACAAAUAAACAGUGGUCCAAACAAUUUGAGUUUUUAGAAAGCAAAUUGCAUGUGUGGAUUGCAGUGGUCAGCCAGACAUGCAUUGUGUAUAUAAAUAAAAGAGAUUUUUAUUAUUCAAAUUAUUUUAAUAAAUUUAAAGAACAAUAAUGUAAUUGCAAUCAGAUGUGUACAUAUUUUUUUUCCUCUGUUCAUGGCAAACAAAUAUAGCUUUUGGUUUGUGAAAUUAUGUAAAUGUAGCAAACACUCAAUUGUACAUUAGAAGUAUUUUCACCGUUAAAAUGUAAUGUAAAUACUGUACUUCUAUUAGACAGACUAACAAGUGUACUUUCAUCACUGAAUGGCUUUUGUCAGGUUUUCUUGUUCUUUUUUUUCUAAAUGGCUAAAUUUGCUAACAAUCUGCAUUGUACUGAGACUGAAUCUUCUACAGACUACUCUCUGUUCUCAUAGUUAGUUGACUAAGUAGUAGCAUGGUUUAACUAGUUUGGGUGGAGGUGAAUACUUGGAACAGAGCACAGAAUUCCACUUUGAACCAAUCUGUGUAUAGCACCGACCUAAUCAUGUUUGGAAAUGUAAGGUGUGUUGUAUGGUUCAUUAAUACGUGUACUGACAUAGACUGUAACCUUGUCUGCUUCCAUUUUCUGCCUUUGUCCUAUGUAUCUUGAACUGAAGAGGAGACCCUUAGUUAUCAGAAAGUUUAAAAGGAAAUUGCUCAUAUUUAAGUUUUUUUUUUGUUGUUGUUGUUUUUUUUUUAACUUAAUUUGUGAUCAGUUGGCUUUGUUAUACUCAUUUAAUUUAGUCAAGUUCAUUGAAAUGUGGGUAACUAUAUUCUGACUAACGAUAUUCAGCUUUUCCUAAACAUAACCAAACUGACUGCAAGAUUAAAAAACAAACAAACAAACAAAAAAAAACACUCUAGUGUUUUACAGAUUCCAUGUUUGAUUCAUUUGCCACACUGGUGUUACGCUAAUGUAUUUCAAACAUCUGCAUUAUGGUUUCUAAUAAAGAU